CCCGGGAAGAGACCGUUGAUUGGCGGGCGCCUUUGAACGGACGGAGAGCUGUCUCCCCCCCCCCCUCACGUGCGCGCGCUUCUUCCCGCUCCGGAGAGCCCCCUACCUCCCCCACCCUCCUCUGUCAGUAAGGGCGGGGGCCAAGCCACUCUCCCCACUCCUGCCUGUGCUUUGGGGGCCCCCCCUCUCCCUAUUCUCCUCUGCCUCUCAGGGACAGCACCCCCUCCCUGAGUGGGGGGGGGGGGCAGCCCUCCCCCCUUCCUAAUUAGUAUUUCACAUUUUCUGCCAGGGCUUCAGGGCCACCUUUCCCUUCCUCUCACCGCCCCCCCCCCAGCCUUUGAGUGGGGGGGCAGCAUCUCUUCCUCUAAGGGGAGGGUUGGCUGUUACCCCCUUAAAAAAAUUGAGAACUCCCUCCCUCCCCCGCCCCCCUUGAGACCUCCCCCUCCCCCCUUUUGAGAGGGGCAACAGCCUCUUCCUUGAGGGUGGAUAAAGGGUGGGGCAGGAGGGGGGGGCUUUUUCCUUAACUGAAAUUUUUGAUGCAAUUCUCCCCCCUAAGUGUGGGGUGUGGCUGCUUCUCUGCCCCUCCUUGCCUGUCCUGUAGGGAGUGAAUUGCAGCAUCUCCAGUUUUUUGGGGGGGUUCUUUCUUUCUUUCUUUCUUUCUUUCUUUCUUUCUUUCUUCACCCCUUGAAGCUGGGGUUCAUCCUCCCUCCUUAAGGCCCCUGAGAAGCAGCCCCUCCCUUGAGAAGCAGCACCCCUUUUCUUAAUUUGGGAUAUUCUCCAAUUUGGUGUUGUGUGUUUGUGUGUGUGUGUUUCAUGUCACUUCAUCCCUCUGCCUUGGAAGUAUGUCUAUUUUAUAGGAGGUGGGGGCGCCUUCCCUCUGCAUUUGGCAGGCAUUCCCACCUGAUUCUGAUUCUUAACUGCUUUUGCGGGCAUUGGAAACAGCUUGCCAGUGGGGUGUGUGUGUGUGUGUGUGACAGCACAGCACCACCCUUGCGAGGCUGGCUUUGCCCUUCCCCCUUCUGAUUGGGCUCAGCCACCCCCAAACGUCUCCCCCACCCUUUGGACAACAUGAACUUCUCGGAGGUCUUCAAACUCUCCAACCAGCUGUGCAAGUUUUCCCCAGAUGGGAAGUACCUGGCUUCAGGUGUGCAGUACCGUUUGGUGGUCCGUGAUGUCAAAACCCUCCAAAUCCUGCAGCUCUAUACCUGUCUGGACCAAAUCCAGCACGUCGAGUGGUCUUCUGAUUCCCUCUUUAUCCUCUGCGCGAUGUACAAGCGAGGAAUUGUGCAGAUCUGGUCCAUGGAGCAGCCAGACUGGCACUGCAAGAUCGAUGAAGGCUCCGCUGGGCUGGUGGCUUCUUGCUGGAGCCCGGACGGCCGUCACAUUCUCAACACCACCGAGUUCCACCUGCGGAUAACUGUCUGGUCCUUGUGCACAAAAUCUGUGUCUUAUAUCAAGUAUCCGAAGGCCUGUCAGCAGGGAAUCGCCUUCACCAAGGAUGGCCGCUACAUGGCUUUGGCAGAGAGAAGAGACUGCAAAGAUUACAUCAGUCUCUUUGUGUGCAGUGACUGGCAGCUUCUGAGGCAUUUUGACACUGAAACUCAAGACAUGGCCGGGAUCGAAUGGGCACCAAACGGCUGCGUGUUGGCGGUGUGGGACGCCUGCCUCGAGUAUAAAGUUUUACUGUAUUCCCUCGAUGGCCGCCUGCUGUCCACGUACCGUGCCUACGAAUGGUCACUGGGCGUGAAGUCUGUCGCUUGGAGUCCCAGCAGCCAGUUCUUGGCCGUCGGCAGCUACGACGAAAAGGUGCGCAUUCUGAACCACGUGACUUGGAAGAAGGUGGCCGAGUUUGAGCAUCCUGUAACCAUUGCGAGCCCAAAGACGAUUGUCUAUAGGGAGGCAGAGAAAUCGCCCGCCGUGGAGAUGGACAAUCUUGCUUUUCCUCCUACCAAGGCCGUGGCCAGCUUGCUCUUCAGCACAAAGAGUAAAUACGACAUUGCCCAAGCCCCAGUGUCUCUGCAUCACAUCAAGCCCGCCAUUGAUCGGGCAAAUCCGAGGAUGGGAGUCGGCGUGUUGGCUUUCAGCUCCGACAAUUGUUUCCUGGCAACCAGAAACGAUAACAUUCCUGAUGCUGUCUGGAUCUGGGACAUCCAGAAGAUGAAGCUCUUUGUGGUCUUAGAGCAGCUGUGUCCGGUCCAGCUCUUCCAGUGGGAUCCCCGCCAACCCCGGCUUGCCAUAUGCACGGCGAACAGCAGGAUGUACCUGUGGUCCCCUGCAGGAUGCGUGUCUGUCCAAGUCCCCAUGGAAGGUGACUUCCAGGUGAUUUCUCUAUGCUGGCACUCCAGUGGGGAUUCUCUGGCUCUUCUGAGUAAAGAAAACUUCUGUAUUUGUUACUUGGAAAAAGUGAAAUAGCAACACCCAAAGGGAAGCUUGGCUUGUGUACUGAUUCUCCAACAUUUGGAGGGGAAAAAAGCACUCUCUUGCAUGAUAUCUGUGAAGUAUUAACUGAAGCCUGUAUCCAGACAUGGUAGUUCAAAUAGGGCCGUGUGAUACUUUGCUUCAAGUGCUCCAGCCAUUGAAGAAGUUAUUAAAUCGUGGGAAACAGGAGUGCGGACAUCUUCUAAAACUCCUAAGUUGCUUGUUUUAAAUGUAGUGUGUAUUUUUUAUAGUGUGUAAACUUGGUUUCAUAAUGUCAAUAAAUACGUUGAUUAUACAAA